UAUAUAUAUAUAUAUAUAAUCUUUCAUUUUCGUUUUUACUAUUUGCAUACCCAAAUUUUUACUUGAGGUCGCUUAUGUUUCUCUUUGGAAGAGAAACAAGAUUAACUACAAAAAUUCAUUAGGAUUUAGGAUCAUUACUUACUAAAUAAAUUAUUCCACAGGAAGAAACGUUAACGUUAACUAAAGUAAGAGUAUCUAAAGACUUAUUCCAUUUUUCACUCUAAAUUUAUAAAGUUGCUUAUGAGAAAAGAAAAAAAAAAGUUUUUUAUUAACCUACUUCAGAAUUAAAAAUAGAAUUUCUGCAAAAAUGUAGUAGUCAUACGAUUUAUUCUAAUUUUACUAAUUAUUCCAGAUGGAAUAUUGUUGAAGUAAAUUCCAAUCAACUCUAUUUUGGAGAUACUCUAAGUUAUAGAUAAAAAAAAGAAAUAAUACAUAAAUUUUUCUCUAAAAUAUUACAGCUACAAAAAAUGUUCAGAUGUGGUCCAAUUCUUCUAGACCAUGAAGUAUAAUGCUCAAGAAAUCCAAUGAACUGCAAAAGAAAAUCAGAAAUGCUAGUGAUACUCGCGAAAUGUUAACUUAAAAUAAGAGAAAAUAAAUAAAUUAAAACUGCUGCUAAAAUAAAAGGAAAAAAAAAAUAAAAUUAAACCUUUAGUCCACUGUGUAUAAAAGAAAAGAAAAGUAUAAUAAGUUAAUUUGGAUGAAAGCAUAUGUAGUACAAUUAGGUUUGACAAAUAUGUCAUAUGUAUAAGAAAAAGGUCGCAAUCCAUAUAAAAAAAAAUCAAAUUGUGUGUUGCGUACAUAGAUUUAAAGGGAACAAACAUUAUGUAUUGUUAUUAUUGUAUAUCUUUCACGUUCGAGUGUAAAAUGAUUAAAUUAAAUAUGUUUACUUUUUCUUUUUGUAAAAACGAAAACAAAUAUGAAUUGAUUGUGUCCAUUCACAAAUGGACUGUAAAAAGAAAAACCAUAACUAUAGAUGACUAUACUAAUUACUACAUAUCAUGAAUUUGAAUCAGAAAAAGUUUUCAUCAUAAUCGUUUUUAUUUCACAGAACAUUGACAAACAGACCGUACUGUGAUAACAGCAUUACAAGAAAAGGGGUCAAGUUUCAAACGAAAAGCUUUUGGCUAAUGUCACCACGAAAAGUAUCCUAUCGACAUGACAACAUGAUCAGUCCUUGUUUUUUUAGUCACCACUUAUAUAUUAAUUCCUUUCUUUAAGAUCAUAUAUAUACAUGUUUGAAACAGUAUUCUACAUAAUAAAUAAGAACACACGAGAAAUGGGAUCUCAUAUUUCUGCAUGGGAAAUCAAACAACGCGCACAAUCCGAGUUAAGAUCACAUGAUAACACGUUGCUUCACUAUCUGAUGACCAUAACGUAAAAUUUAUACAAGUGUAGUAUACACACACUUGAUUAAUAUUUUAAGGUAUCACACAUACAAUUUUAUGUAGUUUUAAGGAAAUAGGAGUAAGUUUCAAAAGAAAAAGAAAAAGAAAAAGAAAAAGAAAGAGUACAUAUUUUAAAAAUCCAAAACUCCAGUCGUGUUAGGAGGGUCUUCUUAUUUUCUCUUUUGACCUUUGCUUCUUACAUGCAUGUCACAUAAAAUCUUCAUACACAAACCAUCAACUCUUAAAACCUCAAUCAAAGUUUUAACCCAACCGAUCUGAUAAUUUCCCGGCCUUUUAGUAUCCUAAUAAUUUUGGCAUACCAUUUGUUAUUUCAUCUUAAUUUGCGCAUAUGUAUAAAUAUCAUAGAAAGAGAUGUUUUGGUACAUAGAUAUCAAAACGUAGACUAUCUUUAUGUGAUAAUUUCAUAUUUUUAUCAUAAGUAAUUUUCAUGCAAAUUAUUUCUCCACAAAUAUUCAAAACGUCGGCAUAGAAAUUAAAUGGGGUAGACGACAUUACGGGCUGGCAACUUACCUUGCACGGUACUUAACACAAACUCAACAAAGAUCCGAUUAUUAUGCUUGCAAAACUUGUUGCUUAAUUAAUUUUUAAAUAUCAUUUAGUAAAUAAAGCUGUCUCAAUUCCUAGUCAGAGAUGGCACCUUCACAAUCUAUAUAUCAAACUUCCUUGUAUAUAUAAACCCCUCACUAGUACUCAACAUCACACCUAUUUUGUCUUCUCCAUAACACUCAACAGCCUUCACCGCGAGAUAAAUGGCUAUGAUUAAGCUCAUCCUCUCGGUGCUGGUGUUAGGAGCCAUCAGCCUCUUCCCGGGAACGGCUGAGGCGUCCGUGAUGGGGCCGACCAUGCAGAAACUGACAUGGCAUUACUACAAAGUUUAUAACACUUGCGAGAAUGCUGAGAACUUUGUGAGGCAUCAAGUUGAGAAGCUUUACAGGAAUGAUACAACCAUUGCUCCUAAGCUCCUUCGUCUCCUCUACUCAGAUUGCUUUGUCACCGGAUGCGAUGCAUCGGUUCUUCUAGAAGGUCCAAACUCAGAGAGAAAGGCACCGCAAAACACAGGACUUGGAGCGUUCGUGAUCAUAGACAAAAUCAAGAAAGUGUUGGAACAAAGAUGUCCUGGUGUUGUCUCUUGCGCUGACAUUCUUAACCUCGCAACUCGAGAUGCUGUUCAUAUGGCAGGUGCACCAUCUUAUCCUGUGUUCACAGGCAGGAGAGAUGGCUUGACGUCUGAUAAGCAAACCGUGGACCUACCAUCACCGUCCAUCUCAUGGGAUGCAUCCAUGGCUUACUUCAAAUCCAGAGGCUUGAAUGUUCUUGACAUGGCUACACUUUUAGGAUCACAUUCAAUGGGGAGAACACACUGCAGCCACAUCGUCGACCGUCUCUACAACUUCAACAAGACAGGUAAACCAAGUCCCACUAUGAACAAGUCUUUCCUCUCCGAGAUGGCAAAUAAAUGUCCACCAAGAACGAAGAAAGGCCAGACCGAUCCGCUAGUGUACCUAAACCCGGACUCAGGCUCAAACCACAGCUUCACAAGCUCGUUCUACUCCAGGGUUCUAUCAAACAAAUCUGUUCUCGAAGUAGAUCAACAACUGCUUUACAACGAUGACACCAAGCAAAUCUCUGAGGAGUUCUCAGAGAGUUUUGAGGAUUUUAGGAAAUCAUUUGCUCUUUCAAUGAGCAAGAUGGGGUCUAUAAAUGUGUUAACUAAGAAUGAAGGCGAGAUACGAAGAGAUUGCAGGCGUAGAAACUAAACACAAAUCUCUCUCCCUCUCUGAUCUUUGUGAUUGCAAGAAGAAUAGUACAAACAGGUAACAACAUGAAAGAAAAGAUUGAAAAGAUCAUGUUUCAGAUAUAUAGAUUUUUGUUGUUAUUUAUUACAUUGUGAUUCUCUAUAGCUGAAAGAAGAUAUGAUUCUUGUUGUGUGACUUUCUAAUAAGUAUAAAAUUUUCUGA